AUGAAUUCUAAAAUUAUAGGAAUAACGGAUGAUAUAACAUCAAUUCCACCAGAAGAACAGAGAUAUUACGCAUUAAAUGCAUUUCCUAAAGUUUUGAAGAUUGGAAGAUUUAAUUUAAAUGAGGAAUUCAUAGAAGGUUUCCUAAAUGACAUAAUGAAGAAGGUAGAUAAGGAAUAUGUGGAUAGUGAGUUAAAUAAGAAGGCAACUUUGGUUUAUGUUGAUGAAAAAGAUAAUGAAAUUAAAGAAAAGGUUGAAUGGUAUCAUGAAUGGACAUCGGAGACUUUUAAAGUUAAAGCUGAUACAGAAUGGGUUUCGGGAUGUUUAGACCUUAAAGCAGAUAAACCUUAUGUUAACGAUGAGUUAGAGAAGAAAGCUGACAAAACAGAGCUUCAAACAUUAAAGACAGAAAUACUUCAAACAUUAUAUCCUGUUGGUUCUAUUUAUACGUCAAUGAACUCAACAAAUCCUUCAGAAGUUUUAGGUUUUGGUACGUGGAAGCAGAUUGUGGAUAAAUUCUUAUACUGUGCUAGAUAUUCAAAGCAAACAGGAGGUUCGAAGAAAAUUAAAGAAGCAAACUUACCCCCGCACACUCAUACAGGAACUACAAACUUUUCUGGCGACCAUAGCCACUCAUUAAGAGACCACCCAUUAUACAACUCAGAAUAUGAAGCUGGCUAUGAUGUUUUAUCUCCAGAUUAUAACCAUUCAGCAAAAAAGACUUUUCGACCAACUGAACCAGGAGGAAAUCAUGUCCAUACUUUCACAACAAAUCCAACAGGCUCGGGUAAAGAUUACAUGCCACCAUUUGUGACUGUAUUUGCAUGGUACCGCGUUCAUUGA